GUCAGUCAACGCCGAGUGAAACACUCUCUCUAUACAUAUCCUUAUUUUUAAAAUAUCUCGGAUUUAGUAAAAGCCCCUAAAUUUAUCUUUCCAAUCUACUCAACUAUUUGAUAUAUUCUAGAUUAUAAUGAAUAUAAAAUAAUCAAUGGACUUAAAAUCCGUUUCAAUAAAGAUUGUUUUAAUCUUCUUUGCAUUUGGAAUAGUGCUAACGGUCGUCCUACUCUUGUUUCUAAAGAGACAAAUUAUCAGGUAUAAACUACGUGGAAAAGGUUCGCACGAACCAAUUGGAUCAUCUGUUCCAAAAAAAUUGAAAAGGGAUAUCGCGGAGAAAAUAAAUAAGAUAUUAUCAAUCAAGUGUGAAUUACCUCUACUUAGUCCCCGUUUAGAGAGAAAAUUGAUUCUAAUAGAUAGAACCCAUUACUACUAUCGAAUGAAAGCUGUUGACUCGGUUAGAUUCCUUGAUGCGGCAUUGAGAGAAUCAGGAAUGAAGAAACGUAUGCCAGGAUCCAAUAUUCGAGAAUACUUAUUAGAAUGUAGAAAAAAUGGCCCAUUAGCAUCAGUGUCUAUUAAUGAUAUAGAUCUCUUUUAUUCUUCAUACGAACACGCGAGAUAUGAUCCUAAAGACUUUUUACAAGUGGAGUACGCAGGAUUUCAAGCCUUACUUAUGUACCUAAUCUCCUCUGCAAAAAAGCACUCGACGGUACAAGCUGUUCCCGUAAGAACUUCAGAUAUAACAUCCGAGGCUGAUGCCAAUGAAGAAACAUUUCUAUUAAAAAGGCCUACAUCUACUUCAACAAGCUUUUCCGGUGAGCCAAAAGAAAGCUCUAUGGUGUCAGAACUAUCAGAGAAACACGCAACGGAGGAGAAUAUCGAAACUAUGGGAAUAUUUAAGCACGCAGUUGAUUUUUCAUCGAAGCCUAAUUGCUUAUCAAGGAUUACGUCAUGGUGGUUAGGAGAUUUGAUGCAAAAAGCUCAUUUUGAUAGAUUAGAAGAGAAAGACAUUAAAGGAAUCCCUAUUCACUAUGAGUCAAAAUACUUGUACAUGUUGAUUAAGAAAAGAGAUUAUUCAAAACAGAUAUUAAAAAUUCAGACGUUCUCUGAUGAAAAUGGAAUAGAAGAUGUUAUAGGAAUGAUUUCAUGCGAUAGUGAACAUAUUCAAAAUUCAAUAUUGUUAUGUUUUCAAUUAUUAACAUUUCCACUAACGUUUACUGGAGUUUUUUUUAUUAAUUAUUAUUUAAUGGGCAAUGCUGCUAUCUUAAUAAUACCAUUGACUGUACUGUUAAUUCUAUGGAUUUGUAUAAUUACUACACUUGAAGAUGAUGUCUUUAAUGACAAAAGAGCAUUUGAGGAGAGUACCGUUCAAUAUGUUAAGAAUGCUUUAUUAAAUAUUGAAAUCGUGAAAAUGUAUCUUUGGGAAAAGCCGUUACUUAUGUUUAUCUCCAACAAGAGGAUAAGAGAAGUUGAAGAAAUGUUUAUGAGUAGGAUACUAUUAGCUUUGUACAAUUCUUUACUCUUCAUUUCAUCCAGAGGAGUUUUAUUAUUAACAGUUUUAUAUAUGUCUUAUUUUAUUGACAUAAACUUUCAUGUGACAGAUAUAUUUAGGAUAUUGUUAUCUUUAAGUAUAUUACAGCAAACUGGUUUUAAAUACUUUCAUACAGGCUUAGCCUCCUUGUUUAAAACUUUAAGAUGGUUGAAAACAAUCAACGCAUUCCUGCAGGAAGAUGAAUACAACAGCUCUGUUCACGAUAUGAUUGGCGCAAAUGGUUUAUUUGAUAUGCAAAUGAAUGAAGAAAUUUUGAAUAUUAAUAAUUUAAAUAUCGUUCAAACACCGUAUAUGACAAACAUAUUAACUAAUAUUACAUUUAGCCUAGUUCAAGGUGAACAGUUAAUCCUUACCGGAAAUUCUUUAUCGGGAAAGAGUCUAUUAUUAAAAUCAAUAUUAUACGAAGUUGAUUUCACCGCCAACGGUUUAAUGGUAAAUGGUUCAAUAAGUUAUCUAUCCCAGAACGACGGUGUUCUAAAUCAAUCAAUUAAGGAUAAUAUUCUUUUUGGAAAUUCUUAUGAUCACGAAAAAUUUUGGAAAGUGAUAGAAUCGUGUCAAUUGUUUAAGGAUAUCUUUCAUUUAUCUAAUCAAGAGAAUACGAUUAUAGGAGGAUAUACUAAUGAAAUAACAAAAGAACAGGAAAAGAAGAUUUUAAUAGCAAGAACUGUUUAUCAAGAUGCUCAAAUUUAUCUUGUAGACGAACCUUUCGAACACUUAAAUAUAAAUGAUUCAAAAGCAAUCUUAAAGGAGUGUUUUAAUAGUUUUAUGCAAGGUUCAACCAUUAUAAUCGCUACAAAAUAUCUGCAAGUUGUGGAAAAAGCUGAAAGAUGUAUGUUUCUAGAAGCCGGAAGGAUUAUAUAUGAUGGACCGUUAAAUGAUAAAUCAAAAACUAUAUUUCAAUCUGAAAUGGAACCAGUGCCACCUUGUGGUAAUAAUGACUUAAUUUGUGGUCACAUUAGAUAUGAUAUCGCAAAGACAUCAAAUCUAAUGGAAUCAACAUUUACAAUAAUAAAGGGUUGGGUCGAAUUAACUAAAGCGACUUCAAGUUUAGAUAGAAUAAACCAUUUCUUCAAGUAUCCAACAGAACCCGAUGUAAAUCGACCUCAUCAAUACUAUUUAAACUAUCAUAACUAUCAAUUGGUAGUUAAAAAUUUGAGUUUGUAUAUUUCGGAUGAGAAACAAGGAUUGGAAGACCUUAAUUUUGAAAUUCAUAAAAAUCAACAUGUCUGCUUUAUCAAUGUUUCAAAGGACGUAAACUAUAAUAGUAUAUUAAAAAGUGCCUUCUUUAGAUUAUAUAGUGGAGAUGGUCAAAUUUUAAUGAAUGGUUUAGAUCUGACUUCAUUGGAAUUGUCGAUCGCACGUUCAAGAUUUAAUAUUAUACCUCAAAAAUCUCUCAUUCUUUCUGAUACGCUCAGGAGGAAUAUUGAUCCUUUCAAUUUUUUUACUGAUGACGAAAUUCUAUAUUCUAUGAGACAAGUCGGAUUGAAUAAAAGACUCGAAGACUUGAAUGAAGAUCUAAAUGAGAAUUUAGAGUUUGGAGAGGCAAAAUUAAUAUCAAUAUGCCGAGCAUUAAUUUACAGGGAAACGAUAGUUAUAUAUGAGGCAACCUACGAUAAUGCCAUUAACAGCCAUAUUUAUAGUCUGUUUCAAGAAAUAUUCAGAGAUAGAUUAGUCAUUAUCCUAACUAAUAGCGUGAUUAAUACUUCUCAUUUUGACAAAGUCUAUGUGAUAGAUAAUGGAAAAAUAGUGGAAGAUGGUUAUCCCAAACUUCUCCUCAAACAAGAAGGAAUUUAUAAGAAACUGUUGAAGAAUACCUUUGAGAAAGUAAAAACUAAAAAUACUGAAAAAUAA